AUGACCAACAACAUUAAUCCCUUCUGUUUCAUGUUUUCAGUGUUGUUCUUGUUCAUGUGUUCGUCUCUUCAAUCCCAUGUCUGCUUUGCAGUUGAUACCAUCUCCUCCAACCAAUCUCUUUCCGGUAAUCAAACCAUUGUCUCUUCUGGCGGAGUUUUCGAGCUUGGUUUCUUCAGACCAGGAAAUUCCUCCAAUUAUUAUAUAGGGAUGUGGUACAAUAAGGUCUCCCGACUCACUGCAGUUUGGGUUGCAAACAGAGAAGAACCAGUCCGCGACAUAUAUUCCUCGGUUUUGAAGAUCUCUGACGGUAACUUGGUUCUGUUCAACGAGUCCCAAGUGCCAAUUUGGUCUACAAAUGUAAGCUCAGGCUCAGUCAUCUCAAACUCUGCAGUAGCAGUACUUUUAGACGAUGGGAACCUUGUUUUGCGAGAGGGGCUCGAUUCGUCGACAAUACUGUGGCAAAGUUUUGAUCACCCUACAGACACUUGGCUUCCGGGUAGUAAGCUUAGAUUCGAUAAACGGACCAAUCAAAGCCAACGUAUUACUUCAUGGAAAAGUCUUGAUGAUCCUGCACCAGGUCUCUUCUCUUUUGAGAUAGAUCCAGUUCAAACUAAUCAAAUUAUUUCAGUGUGGAACAGGUCACAAACUUACUGGUUCAGUGGAACUUGGGAUCAAAAGACAAUGAGCUUCAGCUUAGUUCCGGAAAUGAGAAUCUUGACUAUGCCGAGUUUGGCCUACAACUUCAGCCAUGUUUCAGAAGAGAAUGAGAGCUAUUUCAUUUACUAUUAUUAUAAUUCAUCUAUCAUAACUAAAUAUUUCAUGGAUUCCUCGGGACAGAUGAAGCAAAUGUCAUGGUUGGAAAAUAUAGAACAGUGGACUGUGUUUUAUUUUCAACCAAAACGCCAAUGCGGGGUAUAUGCUUUUUGCGGGGCUUUUGCCAGCUGCAAUGAAAAUUUCCUGCCGUUUUGUAAUUGUUUGAAUGGCUUUCAGCCUACUUCUCUACAGAAUUGGAACCAGGAGGUUUAUUCCGGAGGGUGUGCAAGAACUACCAAACUGCAGUGCGACAAUGCUAGUGGUACCGGAAAGGGGGACCGAUUUUUAGAAAGUCGCUACACAAAUUUCCCUUCACAUCCACAAAAUACGAUGUCUGUUAGCAGCAUGGAAUGCAAGUCAACCUGUAUACAAAAUUGUUCUUGUACUGCAUAUGCUUUUGAGAACAAUCAGUGCUCAAUUUGGAUAGGAGCUCUCUUGAAUCUGCAACAACUUGGACAAGAUGAUACUACAUGGAAACUUCUGUAUAUCAAGUUGGCGGUUUCUGAUAUUGAUAGCGAAUCCAGUCCCGGAGACAAGAGGGUGAUUUUUGUUCCAAUUGCGGUUUCAAUAGGACUACUCCUUUUAGGCCUUAUGAUGUUCAUAAUCAUGAAAUGGAGGAGAAUAGUCAUCGGUCCAAAACCAGCUAAAGGGUCACUUGUGGCUUUUGAAUACAGAGAUUUAGAGAAGGCAACCAAGAAUUUCUCUGAGAAAUUGGGAAAGGGAGGCUUUGGUUCUGUUUACAAAGGGACGUUGCCAGAUGGAAGUAUUAUAGCUGUUAAGAAGCUUGAGAGCAUCAACCAGGGAGAGAAACAAUUUCGUGCAGAAGUUGGUACAAUUGGGUGGAUCAAUCAUGUUAAUCUAGUUCGUCUUUGUGGAUUCUGCUCUAAGGGUUCAAGUAAGUUGUUGGUGUAUGAUUUCGUGACAAAAGGAUCUUUAGACAGACAUCUUUUCCAUGGAAUAGAUUCAGAACCACUGGACUGGAAAACAAGAUAUCAAAUUGCUCUGGGUGUAGCGAGAGGCCUGGCUUAUCUCCAUGAGAAUUGUGUAGACAGCAUCAUUCACUGUGACAUCAAGCCAGAAAACGUCCUUUUAGAUGUUGAUAAAUGUCCAAAACUGUCGGAUUUUGGCCUAGCAAAGCUUCUAGGACGAGAGUUUAGCCGAGUCCUGACUACCAUGCGAGGAACAGUGGGUUAUCUUGCACCAGAAUGGGUUUCAGGAGUUGCUAUAACUCCCAGAGCUGAUGUUUACAGCUUCGGAAUGAUGCUUUUGGAACUUGUAUCAGGAAUGAGAAACUUCGAUCCCACAAAUGAUAGAGAAGGUACGUUCUUUCCGGUUUGGGCUGCUAGACAAGUGAGUGAAGGCGUGAAUGUCCUCAACCUACUUGAUGAUAGACUAAAUGGGAAUGCAGAUUUAGAGGAGGUGUGUAGGAUUUGUAAAGUAGCUUGUUGGUGUAUACAGGAUAAUGAAAAGCAGAGGCCAUCAAUGGGUCAUGUAGUACAGAUCUUGGAAGGAUUUUUCAAUGUAAGCCUACCGCCGAUGCCACGUUUUCUACAAGGAAUUAGUGAUGAGGGGAGCACAUAUUUUUCUUCACCGACAUAACCAUAAG